GGAGGGGGCUCGUAGAGUCAGGGCUUGUCUGUGGAUCAGUUCAGUUAGCAGUUAGCUCAGUUGUUAAACUGUGUGUCGGUUUAAAGCCAGAUCUCAGUGUUAGGUGUAGAUAUCUGUGUAUUAAUCUCGUAUUAAGUCUGUGUGAAACUGUGUGAGUCACCGCAGGCCGGCUCGACCUGAGGGAUUAGUGAGGGAGGGACAGCAGCAGCAGCAGCAGCAGCAGACCGGCUCAAACCGGACUGAACCGGCUGAGUCUCUCCGGCGCAGCGGGGAGCAGAAGUCAAUAGUUUACUAAUAAAAAGGCGGAGAAUCGCUAAAACCUUUAACCUAAAUAAUAAAACACAUUUUGAUUAUUACUUAAUAUUUAAAGUUACAGAGUUUGAUUUUUUUAAUUAUGUAGUUUCUAACAGACACACUGAGAGAAACACACUAUUAUUUAGCUACCUGUCCGUCUUGGACCGAGUCGCCUGACACGCGCUGAUUUGUUUUAGGAGCCCUGGUGAUCUUUAUGUAAAACUGUGGAGCUCUUCUGUUCUAUAUUAAUGAGCUCCCCGGUUCAUUUCAGGCCACAGUGCUGUAGGUUUCCUGUUCUCCAGCGCUUCAUGCUGAGGGUCUGAUUCCCCCUGGUGGAGGAGAGGCUGAGGCACAGCGCUGCAGGUCUGACUCCAGCCCGCCGAUCAGCAGUGUGGUGUUUUGUACUGGCCAGUGUUCUGCGGAGAACAUUAACCACAAUGUCCUGCUCUGAAAGGCUUGUGAUUUGGAAGGCUGGGGACCUGGAAGCAUACCUUCAUCCUUCUCCAUGGACCCCAGGAGCCACUGUUGUAACAUAUAAUGACAAUAAUUCACUUACGAAUCCCAGCAGCCUCUUCCAUCUGCCUGAAGACUCUUUCCUGAAGCUGAUGUUGGGAGCGAGGACAGUGGGAGGCUUCCUGUGUGAGCGCCUCGCAGUGCGGCGCUGUGCCCUCGUCCACAUGCCUCAGCACGAGGAGCAUGAAGAUCCCGCUGUAAAGCUGCUGGUGCUACCUCUCCAUGGCCUGCAGGAGGAGUGGCAUCCUCAUCUUGCUCCUGAGGAGGACUUCCAGCCAUAUGAUCCUGGAUACAUUACAUCGAAGAGUGGCCCACGAUGGACAGACCUCAGUUUAGAAGGUGUUAAAGACAAGAUCCGGGCAAACCUACCUUCUCCAAACGCCCCUCUCAACUACACUUUCCUUGGAGACCCAUCUCACCCGGGGUUGUUUUCACGAAUUGUCCGAGGUGUGGAGCAACAGUGGCGGGUUUGGGAGAAUGAGGAGCACAUUGCAUUUCUCACACCGUUUCCCAACACACCAGGUCUUACUGUACUCAUUCCCCGCAAACCCCUGACCAGUGACAUCCUCCGGCUGGAGGAGGGGGAUUAUAAGGAUCUGGUGCUGGCGACUCGAGAGGUGGCCCGGCUGUUGGAGCAGGGGUUGAGUGCAUGGGGGGUGGGGCUUAUAUUUGAGGGAUAUGAGAUUGACUAUGCUCAUGCUAAACUGAUCCCUUUGGUGCAACCACCUGGCAACCUAACCCACAAUCAAUCAUGCCCAGUUCCUGAGUUUUAUGACAAAUACCCUGGGUUUGUGACAUCAGCCAGUGGACCUCCAGCCAGUGCUGAAAGCUUGAGGAAUAUCCAUGCCAAAAUUACCCAGGUGUCCUAGAACUGAGUGAAACUUUUUUAGUUUUUUUAGUACCAAAGUGAAUAUAUAUGAAAAUAAACUCAAAUUAGAACAGUUCCAAAGUACUUUAUUUUAAAUUAAACCACAGCUAGUUCCAACCCUACAAUGUGAUUGGCUGAGAGAUGUUCUAUAAGUGCCAUUAUCAGCCGGUAAUGCACUGUAACCAAAGCUCUAGGUUAAAGGUAACCUAGCAACUAUGCAGCACUUACAAGCCAAACAGAGCAGCAACAGAACUAUAUUAACUCACAAAGUGUUUAUAGCCUAACAAAUCGUAUUUUCUAUUUUAAAGCAACUGACACUAAAUAGGUGCAAUUUAAUAAAACCGGACUUCUGAAGAAAUGUUUGUAAUGCAUAAUCAAAUCAUAUAUAUUUUUUCAGAAGUAAAUAAAAUUUGUCAGAUAGCAGAAAGAAAUAUUUUUGCAAUUUCAAAAGUGUUAAAGUAUAUCAAAGUGUUGUGAUUUGUUACACCUUAUUUUACAUUUUAUUUGAUGUUACUUACAUGUUUUACAUUCCUAUCUUUUUAAAUACUAAGCUGUCUAAUAACACUUAAUUAUGCAACGCUUUAAUGAUAGAUAGUAUUUCUUCAAUUAUUUUGGGACAAUUCACAACUGUACCAGUAGGAUUUUGUAAUGCACCCUAGUGAGUUUACGUUCACUUGACUGAAGGGUAAAUGUGCUGCUUGCAUAAAUGAAAAACAAUCAAUAUGAAUGUAAAUAUUAUUUUAAUUUCAGUGCUUUUAUUUGGAUUGCUCUGUAUUGUAACUGUAUAUCAUUAUAUAACAACUGUAAGUUUUAGGAAUUUGCUGAAACAAUCAAUAAAUGAGAAAUGUACUGUA